AUGCCUCAGGAAACGCAAGAGAAGGCAUCUUCUCUGACGAGAAACUUUUCUAAGAGGGCGGAGGCUCCGUCCGAAAAGUCUCCAAUAACUCGGCUGGCUCCGAUUUCUUCCUCGUUCUCCCAAAAUCGUCCACUUGGACGAUGUUCUUCUAACACCGCUCUCUAUCGCUCGAGUUACCGACCAGGAAUUCCGACGGGCUGGCGGCAACCCCAGUCCUAA